GGGCGGAGCCUCAGAAAAUCCUGAAGAAAAAAAAGCGCUCUGACUUCCAAUUGGUCCGCUCCGAUACUCCAGUUCCGGCUUGGUCCAUUGCGCAUGCGCAGUGACCCCUUUGCAGAGUAAAAAAAAUUCGUUUUGUGAGAGUUUAAAAUGGCCGCCACCACAGAGGCUCCUGUAGAAGCUCCGGCGCCUUGAACUCCAUCCCCGAGUCCCGGUCUGAGUUCCGCAUUAAGAGAAGAAGAUCCAGAGGGAGAGGGACGCCGGAACACGAGACAGGAGGAGGAGAGAUCAGUUCAGUCAGUUUUACGGAUUAGCCUGUCUGCUAAGCUACAUGUUUACUUAGCCGGCUAGCUCCUAACAUUAGCACGUUAGCUUAAUCGGGUUUUUUUUUGUAUGCUAAAUGCUAGCUAGCUCGUGCGGUUAAGUUACUUCAGCUAGCUUAAAGCUAGUCUUCUCGGCUAGUUUCCGUUGUGUCCCGUCUCUCCUCUAAUGGCCGACCCGAGGAAAGUGCCCUUCGUGACUCUGGCUUCGUAUAACACCUCGAACCCCGUGCCGGAGUCCAAGAAGCGGCGGAGGGAGGAUGAGGUGAAGGCGGGCUUCAACACCACCCACAACACCACAACCAGGGGAGAUGGAGCGAUGAUAAGUAACGGGAAGAGCUCCGGGGGUGACUCCGCUGCUGCUGCCGCCACUUCCGCCGAGUCCAAAUCCACCGUGAGGCUCAGCCUGUCUCUAUCCGAACCCAGUGAUAAAGGCUCCACGGAGUUCAGCUACACCGAGCUGAUCCAGCAGUCCACCCAGCAGGUGAGAAAAGCAGUUCCUGAAGGACUGACUCCGGUUCUGGACCCCAACGACCCGCUGGCUGAUCAGGACCGAGAAAGACGAGAAGUCGAAGCUCUGGCCAGGAAGUUCGAGAGUAAAUAUGGCGGCACCGGGAAGAAGAAAAAGAAAGAUCGGAUGCAGGAUCUCAUCGACAUCGGAUACGGAUACGACGAGACGGAUCCGUUCAUCGACAACUCUGAAGCUUAUGAUGAACUGGUCCCCGCCUCCCUCACCACCAAACUGGGCGGUUUCUACAUCAACACUGGCACUCUGCAGUUCAGACCUGCGUCCGAGAGCGAGGACGAGGGCGGAGUCAAGGACGGAAACCACUUCAAGAAGCUGAAGGAGGGAGAGGAGAGAGUGAUGAAGAAAAGAAAGAAAAAAGAUGGUGUUUUAGAAGAGAAGAAACCCAAAAAGAAUCGAGUGUCAAAGCAGGGCGUGUCUGCUCUGAACCGCCCUGAGAAGAAGAAGAGGAAGAAGCUGAUGAAGGACUCCCUCUCGCUGGCGGCUAUGAUCCGACGCUUCACGCGUGAGAAAGAGGAGAUGAGGAAGAAGAACCCUGCUGCUGUCCCUGCCGCCGUCUCCACCGCUACGGGGUCCUCCGGCACGGCCACCGGCCUCAGACUCCCCAACGCCAACCGCACGGCCCUCAACUCUCACCCCGUCGUCCCCAGCAACGACCUCACCGACCUCACCAACGACCCUGUCGUCAUUCCGCUGCUCGGUACGACGAACGACGACAUGCUGCAGGACCUGAUGGACGAGCUGGACUUCUCGCUGCUGGAUCCUUCUGAGCUGUCGAGCCUCGAGGGUCAGGGCGAGAACGGCAGUGCAUCCGCCCCGAGAGCAGCGACCUCAGCGGGACGCGUUCAGAGGACUGGACUCAUCCCCCCUCCCCCGCUGCCCAGCAGCCUGCCCGCCCCCCUCACCAAACGCAUCGAGGACCUGCGAGCAGCGUCGCGACAGUUUGACAUGGAGGGGAGGAAGAAGUUCUUCACGCUGGACAUGAACAACAUCCUGCUAGACAUUGAGCUGCAGGUUCAGGAGCAGCCUGGCGAGGUGCGUGCGGCCGUGUACUCUCACCUGGAGGCCUUCGUGCCGUGUAACAAGGAGGCUCUGCUGAAGCGUCUGAAGAAGCUCAGUCUGAACGUGCAGGACGACAGGCUCAGGAACCCACUGCUCAAACUCAAGCUGGCCGUCUGCAGCGCUAUGCCCGAGCAGAUCGCCCGCUAUAACAUGGACUGUUUGGCCAAAGUGGCGAAGCAGCAGUCGGAGGAGGGCGAGAAGAAUGGCUCGGAGGAGGAGGAUGAGGAGAGGCCGGGAAAGAGAGUGAUGGGACCCCGCAAGAAGUUUGUGUGGGACGAUAAACUCAGGACUCUGCUGUGUAAUCUGGUCCGAGCAAAGCUGGGCUGUUACGAGGCUGAGGGUCAGAACUCUCCGUCUCCUGAAGACUACCUCAAAGCCUUUAUGGAGACCGAGGUGAAACCCCUCUGGCCCAAAGGCUGGAUGCAGGCCAGGAUGCUGAUUAAAGAGAGUCGCAUGGCUCACGGCCACCUGACAGGAAACACAAUGAAGAAGACUCCCAAAGCUAAACCAAAAUCUCAGGAUGGCAUCUGGCUUCAGCAGUCAGCCACCCCCACUGCCACGCCCUCUACAGUGUUGCCCCUCCCUCAACGCCCUGCCUCACCCUCUGAGCCUAUCUGUCUGUCGGACUCUCUGGACGAGGAUUUGGGUGGUGCCCCAUCUUUGGACUCCAUCUCGCAGGCUCUGGCUCUGCUCAGUAGCGCCGCCAAGGGGUUAAUUCAGUCCAACAGCCCGCCCUCUCCCGAGGCCACUAAACCCGCAAACUCAGGCGCGGCCCUCUGUCCUGCCUCCUCUGUCGGUUCGUCCACUCCUGUGCUUCCUAAAAAGAGCACCGUCAGCACCACGACGUCUGCUCCCUCGGUGUCUGUCGGCCCCAUUUUUGUCGCGUCCUCUAGCUCUUCCCCCUCUCCGGCUAUCUCUCGGCCUCCGUCCGUGUCGGUCUCUCCUUCCGUGAGGAGCGACGUAACGGGAGGGUUGAAGGUCGGAACGAUGGGCUUGACUCAGGUGCAGAGACACACGCUGACGCCGCCUCAGCGUUCAAUUGUCGUGACUUCCGCAGGCAACAGCAACAAGAUGAGCUCGACGUCUCCCCCCAAACCCAGGCCGCCACCCACCGCCUCGCCCCUUGUCCCGCCUCACAAGAGCUUAAAUUCCCCCAUGGCCACGGCCCUUCACAAACCCGGCAAUAACGGCAGUACCAUCGGUCGAAUCGGUCCCGGCGGCACACCGGCGUUAUCUCAGUCUCAUGCGACGGCCGUAUCUUCCUCUUCGUUUUCUCCGUCUGCUUCCUCCUCGUCCGCUUCCUCGCACCUCAACGCCAAAACGCAGCCGAAAAUCUCGUCAUCUCCGUCUCACCCCAAACCGCAGCCUUCGCAGCAUCAGCUCCAACAGCCGACGCAGCAGUCCACCUUCGUCACGCCCAUGCAGGCCACCCUCACCAAAUCGCCCCACAGCUCCAAUUCCCCCAUCCUCAAGCUCACUCCGCGGGUCACGCCCGUCAGCUCCCCGUCGCCCGCCCUCUCCAGGACGCCCACAUUACCCAGCAUGCACCAGUUUUCUCCUAAAACCCCAGGAUUCCACGCGGGGUUCUCGGGUGCUGGAUACAGCACUCCCGUGGGGCAGCAGAAGACUCCCUCUCAGGUGAACAGCAGCAGCCUAACUAGCACUUCAACCUCCAUCGCCAAGCACACACCCUCCACGGCCAAUCACGCCGCUCGCCAAAGAACGGCCGGCGUGACCAAUCAGGGGCCGAAGCCGCUGAUGACCGUUCCCUCUGUGACGUCCUCUCAGCUAGCACAGGUGGCGUCAUCCAGCGCGAGUCUCCUGGGUCCAGGUGCGCUGAACUUCGGAAUGCUGGGAGGAAUCACCCCCGUCUCCCUGCCCUUCGCCUUUCCCGGCCUGCUGAACCUGCCCACUGUGACAGGAACUAGCGCUGGAGCCAACACUGCUAACCAGAGCAGCUCAGGAUACAGCCUACAGCCCAAUCUGUUAAAGGGUCUCAUGUCAGGUGCUGCUCUGCCUCCGCACUUGCAGCUUGCUUUCUCAGAUGUCAAUCAAAGCCAGAGCGGGGAUCUAAAGAGGAAACUGUGAUGUCACUGGGACGACGCCGGAUUACUGGGUCGCACCGACGUGCUGCGUACGCAUGGACUGCAGGCUUAACCAAUAAGACUGAACAGCCGUUUACGUUGUUUUUUUUUUUUUUUGAGGGUGUCGUCGAAUAUUCGGAAUAGAAUGAAUAAUAACAUCCCUGGCCUGGAUGCUUUCUCUCAUUCGUUUUGCUAAUGUUUACACACACAGUCCUUAAUUGCUGUGGACAGUGAGAGGGGUAAAGCAUUCGACGUGUGUGGAUACGCGAACGCACACGGUGCAGAAAAUGAACUCUGUAGAAUCAGAACGAUCGGAUGGAUUGGACGGAUGAACUGAUCUCUCCCUUUCUCAGGUGCAGGUCCAUGUCUCUGGUGCUGUUCUGGGUGGAGUUGUUGAUGAUGAUUAUUAUUAUUAUUAUUAUUAUUAUUAUUAUUAUUAUAAUAAUAAUUAAAUGGCCCCCACAGAACAAAAGGAUGAGGAGUUUUAUAUCCGGGCAGCAGGGGGCGCUGACAUUUGUAUUGUACUUGAAUUUUCUGAAGUUUGUUUACUUGAGCUGACCCUCCACACUAGCGAAACAAGAAGCAAUAGUUAGUCCCAGGAAGAAAAAAAAAAAAUACAAAGACUUUGCAGGAUGACCCUGGUGUGUGUGUGUGUGUGAUUUAAGUUGAUAUUUAAUUAGUGCCUUCUGCAUCUACAUCAAGUCACAUGUACCAAAAUCUGUUAUCUAUUGGGAGUGUGUUAAUGAUUUAAAUCUUACUGAGAACAUAGAUUGUAAAUGCCAAAAGUAUUGGGACACCUGCCCUUUUCAGAGACAUGUUCCCAUUUCUCUUUGGUCUUGUAGUCUCCUGCUAUAAACCCCCAUUUAGACACAGUUGCCUUUACCAAAAUGUCACUUAAAACCUAGUGGAACAUCUUGAGUGGAUCUCUGAACUCUGAUGAGUUGCUGUCUGGUUUUACAGUGUCCUCUAUGGACAGACGUGUUUUCCACCGAACCGAAAAAAGUAGACGUUAUUUAAAUGUGUACGAGAAUUUCUCUGUUUAUUGGAGACACUUUUUCCCUCUGAACAUUACACCUGCAGAAUCCAUUUAAUAAUAAUAAACAAAAUUAAAAACGA